AUGUCUCAUAGUCAAUUAGUUGAUGCCCACUGUGUUGGAACUAACUGCGUUGUCCUUAUCAGCAAGAAUAGAAUAAUUUCGUUCACCAUGGAUAAGUUCGCCAAAGGAUUCUUGUCUUUGCUGGUAAAUGGAGCGAGGUUUACUCUGCUUCAGGUCCUGCUACCAGGAAUUAGCACCGAUAAAAGUGGUGCAUGCAGUAACAUUUUUAUUUAUUUACAUUGAUUGAUUUUAAGUUCUAGGACGAAAACAUGUUCGAAUUUUGUUUUUGUUCAGACGGAAAUGUUUUGUCCGAUUAGAAGAACACAAUUUACAACCCAAUUUUUUUUCUUCUCCCUAUUGUAUUUUUGUGCACUUUUAAACCUAUUGACUUGAAAAUGGUCAUCUUAUUUUGGUUUGACUUUUUAAGCUUUAGACUCUCGUUGUUAUUCUGUAUUAAUUAUCAAAAAUUCCGAAUAGGGAUGAGGGAUUGAACCUAUCAUCGAUUUACAAUCCGCUCUUGGGGAUUCGUAACUUUUCUGUUACUCAAACUGUCACCUCACAGCGCUGAUGGAAUCUGGGUGAUUCGGACGAAAAAUUCGUUUCGUUUCUUAUUUUUCCGCUCUGAGUUUUGGAAUUUUCUGCACUAAAUAAUAAUAAUAAUAAUAAUAAUAAUAAUAAUAAUAAAAAAAAAAGAAGAAGAAGAAGAAGAAAAGAACAAUUUAGGUACCUACUCGUUUUCACUGAAAUGCCUAAAAACAAUGGUACUUACAUUUAAACAGUGAUACAAUGACAAUACUUAUUAUACAUUGUACUCACUAUCUGUCUUCUUACUGGCUAAGAGCCUACAGCUAAUUUGAAAAUUAGCACAACCUACAGAUUAGUUAGUUAUCUGUGAUAACUGACUAAUCUGUAGGUUGCGCACGCAAUGCGUGAUUUCCAAUAACACUAUCAAUUCAGGUUCCUAGCGACGGUGCCUUUGGUUCGGCUGAUAACACUUACCUCGGCCUUGAUUAUUCCGGAUAUCACAAAAACCUCAUCCAAUAUAUAAUUGUUUAUAAUGAUUUGGAUAUCUCAUAAAGAACAAGUACUUGCCUAAACUAAAUGAUUAUUGUAAACUUUUGCGCGAUUUUACAAAAUAUCAUGUCCUACAACCGCCCCGGCGCUCAUACUCAUCGGCUAUUAGGGACGACAACGAGAACGUCAGAAAAACAAUAGGUUUUAUAAGCAGAACAAAAACUUUGCACGUGCACCGCGCUUUUUUGUACAUUUCUUUGCCCGGUUUUGCACGACUACGACGUGAAAAUGCCUAAUUUCGACUUUUGUGGAUGACGUAAACAAGCAACGACGAAAUUCUAUUUCUCUUUCUGUACUUGGAUAUGGUCCCUAGGAAUUCAACCCUAGAAUGGUUCGUCUACAUUUGGCAUAGUAAGUGGGUACGAAUAAUUGCGAUAAAGACUGUAAGAACGCAAAUUCACCUUUUAAGCGACGUUCUCAUUGCCGUCGCGUCGUUUGAUCUUAAAGUCUCUAUUCUCGUCACUAGAGCCACCCCCUCGGUUGGCCCUCAAAGACCACUUCAAAAAAACCGACGGGCCCUGAGGAUGAGAAUGUACACAUACGUACAUGGCUGCGCGCGCGCGCACGUAGUGAACUCGUUAGAACCCAUUUCGCUCAUGCUUUCCACAGGCGGAGUCAAGGCGGCACCCAGCAGAACACCGCAAAUUCGCCAAACCACAGACGACGAUGAUGAUUUUGUGAUUAGAAUCAUCGGUGGAGCUAUCGUUCUUGGAAUGAUUUGA